AUGCACAAGGGUCGCUUCCCACACCCCAUGGCACUGACUGCCAUGCACAUGUUCGCCAGCCUGGUGCUCUGUUCCGUUGUUCUGCUGGUUCGGCCGUCCGCAAUGCCUGGAGUGGAGAAGAGCAAGGGGAACAUGAAGAAAUUGGUGUCGGAUUUGGCGCCCAUUGGUUUUCUCUUCGCGAUCAUGCUGUACGGAUCCAACCGCGCCUACCUCUACUGCAGCGUAGCAUUCCUGCAGUUCAUGAAGGAGGCAAACGUGGUUCUUGUGUUCACCUUCUCGGCCCUGGCUGGCCUGCAGACGUUCAAUCGCCAGCGCACGGUCGUGAUCGCCUGGGUCAUCUUGGGCUCCUCCCUCUGCGUGUCGGGGGAGCUGAACUUCGUCUUCAUCGGCUUCAUGCUCCAGGGCUUCUCUCAGCUGGCUGAGUGCAUGAGGGCUGUUGUCGCUGAGCUCGUGCUCACGGGCAGCGAGUUCAGGCUUGAUUCCCUGAGCUACACUUUCUUCAUGGCCCCCGUCUGCCUCGUCGUCCUCAUCUGCGGCAACAUUCUGACAUGGGACAGUUCCGUCCUCACCGAUCUUGCAGUGUGGUGGCCGUACCUCAUCCCCAACGCCUGCCUGGCCUUCUGCCUUAACGUCUGCAUUGCGAAGGUGAUUACUGAGACAUCGGCAGUGGGCUUCAUCAUCACUGGCGUCGUCAAGGACAUCGCCCUGGUUGUCUUUUCGUCAAUGGCGUUCCACGACACAAUCACGCACAAGCAGUGGCUUUCCUUCACCGUUACGCUGAGCGGCGUGUUCUUCUGGUCGUUCAUGAAGGUCUGCCCUGAUCACGAGGUGGUGCAGCUCUUCGAGAAGAUGCUAGGCGUCGGCUACGGCAACUUCCCGGGCGCGCCCCUGGGCAAGAAGAAGGCGGCCGACGAGACGACCCCGCUGGCGCCGGAGAGGAAGGUCUGA